AUAUCAUUCACGGAUCCGAUCUGCCUUGGCAAAUCUCCACUUAAUAUAACAAUGCAAGACGAGUCAUACCAACUCCGGGGUGUACGGAGUAUCCCAUCGCUUACAAACCCAGGAUCGGUUUGUGCUCGAAGAUGCGCUUCCGCUCUCCGUACUUGACGUGCCCUGGGCUGUGUCGGGUACUCCUGUUUCAACUUUCGGGGUGUACCUGAUCGGCCGGUGGCGAGAUGACCAGGUCAGGUCAGCCUUAUGGUUUCGUGGUGCUACUAGUGGGUGUUAGCUUUUUUUCCCCCUUCUUUUUAUUUUUGUCGCCUGAGGAAUCAACGGGGGAUAUGCGGACAGGUAUGUGGGUACUCGAUCUCUGUAGUCGAUGCUUCUGCUGUCAAACAUCGACGUCUCUCAGCCGCAAGCUUCUACGUGUCCAGCUGGAUGUUGUAGCACGGAUCACGGCAUGGGCUACCGGGGGCUGGAUGCGUCGUGCAGGUGGGAUUUGGAAGUUGCGCGUGUGUCUGUAUCUACGGGGGUUCUCGAGGGUUGAUUUGGUGGUCAGAGGUGUCUUUGUUUGCCAUUGUCUGGCAUAUGGAGGAAGUUGUGGAAUAUAUUUUUAGGUCUGCGUCUGUAGGGUAGGGUAGGUGCUUGAUGUGCGGGUAGAGCGGGUGUUUUCUUGCAGGGACUCGCUUGCUUCAUGCGUUAGUUUGAUAGAUUCGACUAGAAAUAUAUCCCUAAGCUAUGUUGUGCAGAAGGGGUAUUUUCAUGCUAGUGGAGGAG